CAAAUCCAGGCCAUUUCCCCAGCCAGCCAGAUCGGCAGGUCAACUUUCAUCUCGUUGCUGCUGGACAAUGCAGCAUCCACUCCAUUCCCGAGCUCCGAGGCAGUCGCUCGCCCGGGGCGAGCCCAAAGAGGCUCUGAAUGAGCUCCAGGUCGCCGAUAUCAAUGCUAUCUACCGAAUGCUGGACUCGCAAGGCAAGGGCUUCCUCAGCCGAGACGAGACCAAGCUGGCUUUCCUGGGACUGCUGGGAUACACCCCGUCGGAGUUUGAGCUCUCCUUGGUGGAGCAGACCAUCGAUAUCGACAAGCAAGGCUAUGCACACCUUCUUUCUCUCCUUGAUCCUGCUCUCAACAACGACAUCACAGAGAUGACGAGGGCAAACCUGGUUCGGUUCAUGGCACCCAAGCUGUCUCUCGGCGAUGCAGAUGGAUACAUACGGCGUAUGUUCCUGGAGUUUGAUAUCAAACGGAGCGGAUUUCUAGAUCGCGCAGGCGUGGCAGCAGUCUUUCGCAGGUUCCUGCCCCACCUUCCGGACGGCAAGAUACAGCAUUACUUUGACAGGAUGGACGAGAACGGCGACGGGAAGAUCAGCUAUCGCGAGUUUGAGACGGUGAUGCGGAGGGGUCUUGCCGCAAGAAACCCAUGCCAGUUGGGGUGGACUGACAAUGAGGCUCGAUUGUCUGUGGGCAAGGGGUUGAUGUGAUCACCAUCGACGGCUGGCAACAGCGGCAGCGAUGACAACCAGUCCCGCCGACACGCACCGCACACUAUGGACGGACAACAGGCGAUUCUUGGGAUGUCUUGAGGAUAACACAGUCUACAGAGUUGUAUUCAAGGUGUGGUCCAGUUCCACCAGAUCCAGAGAGAGAAACAAAGUACGAGGGUGCAGGGGCGGAAGCAGCUGGACAGGGAACCACGAUUUUUUUUUUGUUGUUGUUAUCAGACACAAUAUACACGGCCCUUCCCUGGAGAGCGACUCG